GUAACUCGCUUAAGAUACGGUUUAAUAUUUCACUUCAUUAUAAUACCUGGGUAUGUUGUGUACAUGUUCAUAGUGGGGUUGCAGUUCAGGUUGAGGUCAGCGAUGUGUUUAUAAGUUUACUAAUAGAACAAUCUGUUAAAUUACUUGCUCAAGAUAUGAUUUAGUAUUUGACCUGGAUUAUUAACCAAUUACACUAUACCCGGGUAACUAUGUUGUGUAUUUCAAAGUGGAGUUUAUUGCAAUAAAGAUGGCGGAUUCUAAAGGCAGCGGGGAGGCAAACGUGGAGCACUUCCUUCUCAAUCUCUACAAAGAAGUUUCGACUGAGAGGAGAUGGUCGGAUGAGCUUUCGGACAUUGUAAGUGCCACUAAAGAGAUGGUAAAGAGGAUAGUUAACCUAGCGGUUUUGCCAUACAUGGAUGAACACGGGUCGGAAGGUUUGACAAGAAUAAAUCUUAAAGAGGCAGGAAGUAUGGCAGACGGGACAAGUAUAUGUGACCCUGAUGAAUUCGAUUUUACUUUGGCUUUUACCUACUCCUCAGAUGUUAUAUCGACACGACCGUCUUCCAAUCUGAGAGACAUUUCAUUUUCUAAAUACACAAUUAAGCCAAAAGAUCCGAGAUACCGGCAGAUAUUUUUGGGCAAUAAUAUGGUGCACCCGUCUUUUUUCAUAAAGCAGAAUUUCCUACGACUUGAAAACGCUAUUGUCAAAGUUCGUGACAGCGGGCCAGUCAAACUGGGAGAAAAGAGUUUAUACUUAUGCGUACCCGAUGGGAAAGAAAGCUAUUAUGGCAUGCAAGGACCAGCGUUUCAUCUUCACAAUCUCCUGAAAUGGUGCUCACAAAGUCGUAGCAAUGAUCUUUUCAUUUCCGUUGAUCUUGUUCCAGCAAUCGAGUUAAGUGAUGAAUCUGUAUAUGACAAUGUGCCACUAUUCAAACAAGAAUGCCCAUGCAAGGAACACGAUCUCGGCCGACCAGAGCGUUGCCUGCUUCUGCCAUUAAAAUGUAGAGAACUUGUUAUGAGUGCAAUUCAUCAUUACGGUGACCGCGACGAAGACUACUAUAAGGCAAAAACACAGUUUCUACAGAGCAACUUCAUGGUAUCGCUAUCGGAAUAUGAAAAUAACAUAAUGAAACAGUGGAAAUGUGAAAAGUCCAUUUAUCAUAACUGGUACAUUUGUUAUACGUUAAUGAAAUGUUUCGGAAAACUGGAUCAUAACUGUGGCAGCACAGUCAAUUUCAAAGACGGAAACACGCAGAUAAAAUCUCAUAAGCCUAAUACAAGUUAUCCGGAGAGAAAUGAUAGUUUUUCAAGUUACUCAUGGAAAACUAUGGUUUUUACAAAGGCACAAAAAGAAGGCAUGACUUGUUUAACAGUUAAAAUUGUUUCGAUUGUCUCACGAGCGUGUUUGAGGAAGAAAAUCUGAGGAAAUCUCAAGUUGUAACAAUCGAUUCUUUCUGGUGUCCGUCGGAGAUCGCAGAAACAAUUCUGCUGACAAAGAAAGACACAGAGGAAUAUACACCAUUUGUGGAAAGUAUGAGAAGUUUGAAAUCAAUGUUAAAAGAACUGAGCAUCGAUCUCAGUUAUACUUACGAGAAAUACAAGGAAAAACUUUUCGAGCUCUUCCCAGACCUCUCAGCACAUCUCCUGUCAGUCAAAAGCUAAAUAUUUGCUGAAAGUGCGAAAAGACUAGUGAAUAGGGAUUAGGUGCUGAUAUGAUAAUUGCAUUACUGUAUUUGUUUGUUAUUAUUACGGACUUUGUACGAAUAUUAGAUCUAGCCAAUUCUGUAUUUUUACAUGAAACUGCAUAUGAAAUCAUAUUUUAUAGCUGAGCGGUUUCCUUUCAAUAACUUUUUCAAUUAUAGAUAUAUUGUAAAAUACAGUGUCACGCUACAGCUGCUAAAACAGAAAAUUUAUUUUGUUGUGAGUUUUUUAAACGCGGUGACGCCAUUUCCGUUCAUAGACGCAAUUUUCCUGCGCUUUCGAAAAUUUAGAUUAGAUUUAAAUUGACCGAAAAGCGUAUUUUAACCCCCAUUUCUUUUUUUUUCUAUAGGUGAUGCCUAAUUCACAUUUGACCCGGGCGCCGUGCGAUAAAUUAGUCUAAGAUUUUCAUUGCGGUUUUGCGGGCAUCGUAGGUGGCUGCGGGCUACGGCGUAUAUGUUCACAUUAUAUAUGAGCAUCGUGCCAUUUUUGUACAGUCUCUCGGGGAAGGCCGGGAGAAAUCGGUACGGACGCUGCGCGGAGAUUAUACGUAAAUCGUGCAAUUUCAGUGCAGUUGCCGUGCAGUCUCCACAAGCUUCCCACGGAAAUCGUACGACGCUUCCGUGCAUGCAAAGGUUCCCGCAUCAACUCCUGCAUCAGGGUGUCGUAUUAUCCCAGGGUGACCCGUCUCAGCAGCCAGGGCUUCACGCACACCGUCCUCUUCCUGUGCCUCUCGGGCCUGCUACUCAACCGCAGGUACGCCGCUCCGAGUCUUAGUGGUACUAUCAUCGAAUAAUGAAAACAUGUUGGACUGAGAUGGCCAAUAUAUAUUACCAUCUGAAAAAUGUUUUGUCCACAUCAAGGCCGCCGCUUAAUAUCCGUGCGAUUUCACUGGUACCACACGGGCAGCAAGCGACAGCUGCGCGAGGGCGUGCGAAGGUCCCACGAGUCUACAAUCUCCGUACGAUUUCUUUUGGGCACCAUGUCUACGGAAAAUCGUGCGUUGGCUGCACGUUCAGCGCGCGACCUCUUAAAGAUGCCCGUCGGGGAUUGUGCAAUGCCACCUGCGACAUGUAUACGGACUACGGGCUUACUAUUUUUUCAAAUUUAUAUAGCUUUUCACUAAACAAAAUGGUAGAGGCUGCGAAGCCCGUAAAUCCGUACGAAAAUCGCACUGCCGCCUCCUGCACGGAAACUUGCCGAGAGGAUACGGACAGUCUACGGGCUCCACAUACGCAUCGCAGGCCAAAUGCGAACCAGGCUUUACUUGCCAAAUAUUCCCAGCUGUGUACAUUUACAUAGUAAUUAUUCCUUGUAUCACAGAAUAUGAUUUUUAGAAAGAUCAGAGCAUUACUUUUAUGCGAAAACGAUUAUGUAUAGCUAUAUACCUAAAAUGACAGUUUAAGUUUACAUUAAUUUUCUAAUGAAUGGAGCAAUGUAAACUUUGUUUCAUAAACAUCAAUGACCCUUUUCUAUGCACAUCGCAUCUGUCAAAUAUUAAGAUCAGAGCAUUACUUUUAUGCGAAAACGAUUAUGUAUAGCUAUAUACCUAAAAUGACAGUUUAAGUUUACAUUAAUUUUCUAAUGAAUGGAGCAAUGUAAUCUUUGUUUCAUAAACAUCAAUGACCCUUUUCUAUGCACAUCGCAUCUGUCAAAUAUUAAGAUCAGAGCAUUACUUUUAUGCGAAAACGAUUAUGUAUAGCUAUAUACCUAAAAUGACAGUUUAAGUUUACAUUAAUUUUCUAAUGAAUGGAGCAAUGUAAACUUUGUUUCAUAAACAUCAAUGACCCUUUUCUAUGCACAUCGCAUCUGUCAAAUAUUUUUUUAAAAAAAUGUUGUGUCUUUCUGUAUAUUUCGUUUGCAUUAUUAUUAUUAUCUUAACUUACUUAAUACAAAUAAAUUAAAUGAAC